CUCUGCCACAGCCCACAGCAGCAACCCAACCGUGAACCACUGAAAGUCUGAAACUUGCUGUGUUCGUGUGACUGACCGAGAAAGCAGCCAACCAUCCCCGGCCACUUUUCAGCCUGUGGACACAUGAGCCACACAAACAGCCACAAAGAUAACACAAACAAAAUUGGUUUGCAGUUGCAGACGAAGAACACCGGCAAUGGCGUUAACUGCUUCUCUUCGCUGCUACCCUCUACUGGGCUCAGCAGCAGCAGCAUCAUCGUCAGUCUCACUUCCGGCCUCCACAAGAGCGCCGGUGCUUCACAGGACAACAGGAGGACCGAGGAGAAGGCUGCAACGAUGCCUGUGCUCGCAGCAGUACGCCGAGAAGCAGUCAUCCGGCUCGCAGCAGCAGCAGCAGAAUCAGCAGCUGGAGCGACUCUUCUCCAAUCUCAACCAGGCAACCAUGAAGCACGAACCUGGGAGUGUCACCAGUUCGAUCUUCCUUGUGGCCGGCACUACGGUAGGGGCGGGUAUCCUUGCAAUCCCUGCAGUGACACAAGAAGCUGGAUUCUUGGCCUCAGCAGUUACAUGCAUCUUCUGCUGGAUUUAUAUGGGUUGUUAGUUGCUGAAGUAAACGUCAAUACUAUGUGUGAACUAGGAUCUGGAGGUGUCUCCCUGGUCUCAAUGGCUAUGCGCACUCUAGGGACAUUUGGAGUAAGAACAGCUUGCAUCUCAUAUUUGUUUAUACAUUAUGCACUUCUGGUUGCAUAUGUGGCACGCUCUUCAGAGAUCAUAACAAACUCAGUGGGCAUUCCAUUAUGGGAGAGUGCUGCCCUGUUUUCACUGGCUUUUGGGGGGCUAUGCUACUUUGGAAGCCAGCGAGUCAUUGGUGCGGUUAAUGGUUUUUUGGUGUUCAGCAUCCUAGCAUCCUUCACAACUCUUGUGGUGGUGGCAAGUGGAAACCUGCAGUGGAGUUCUCUUCUUGAAGCAAAUUUUGCUGCUGCCCCACAAAGUAUACCGAUAAUUGCUCUUUCAUUUGUAUACCAGAAUGUAGUUCCUGUUCUGUGUACAAAUUUGGAGGGAGACCUAUCAAAAGUAAGGAAGGCAAUUGUAGUAGGUACCGCCAUACCCCUUGCUCUGUUUCUCAUAUGGGAUGCUGUAAUCCUGGGGACACUUCCAGGCCUUGCAGGGGAUGGAACCAUUAUUGAUCCACUAGAACAGCUUCGAUCAAGUAAUGGAACAGUGGGGCCUAUUGUUGAGGCAUUCUCAUUUCUUGCAAUUGGCACAUCAUACAUUGGAUUUGUUCUAGGACUCUCAGACUUCAUAGCAGACUUGCUUAAACUACCAAGUGGACAGAACAAACCUCUGCCGUACCUUCUGACUUUGCUCCCACCGCUUGUUCUGUCAUUGCUUGAUCCAGAGAUAUUUUUCAAGGCAUUGGACUUUGCAGGAACUUAUGGAGUUCUAGUACUUUUUGGAGUUUUUCCAGCAGCUAUGUCUUGGUCAGAGAGGUACUCAGAUGAUCUGGAAGCUCCAGUACCACCAAUAGUCCCGGGAGGAAAAUUUACCCUCUCAUUUGUCAUGGGGGGUGCCUUGCUCGUAAUUUUUUCAGAGAUUUUCAAGGACAUAAUGCAGUUGCAAGGACUACACUGACACUUAGAUCUCCAAUAUAGAUGCUUCAACAGAUUUUCUUUUAAAUGCAAUACCGCUGAUAGCCUCGUAAUAUUGUACAUAGAAUUGACUGAGCCAGCUUUUCUUAAUUUAAUUCUUUCACAGUUUCAUCAAGUUAUUCUAUUGAGACAGGCUGUAGUAUGAAGCUAUUUUCUUUUAUUAUUUUUUGACGUGAGUUUUCA